AUGGCUCAACAUUAACAUAAUUCAUUCCUGAAGCAACUAGAAAACGAAAUAGUGUUUAUUAGGAGUUUCUUAUAUUCGCGUCUUCCUCAAAACAAGAAAGAAGAAUUCAACAACUUUGAGAAAAUAUAUGAAACAAUUGCCCUCUAAAUAAAGUCAGGUGCAAUCAAAGAGGAAUUAGCUCCAAGCAUCUAUUCUUAGUUUGUAAAAACAUUAAAAUCCUUCAAGAGGAGGUAAGAAAACUAAUUAAAGUACCCAGAAAGAGACAUAGAUGCAUUUAGAAAGAAGUACGAAUCUACUGGUUAAACUCUCCUCCCACUGAUUCAUGAUAUCAAGUUGAAUAUGAAUGACAGAAUGAAUAAAUUUGAUAUCAGCAAGGUUCUUGAUUUCAAUUUCAACAUGCAUCUUUACACAAAUAAGGAGUUAGUAGAUAUUGCCUUCUAAAUGUUUGAAUAUGCAAAUAUCCAUACCAAGUACAAUAUAGAUGAUAGUUUCCUCAAAGAUUUAUUAGAAGAAAUGUGCAUGAAUUAUAAUGUCAUUCCUUAUCACAAUUGGACCCAUGCCUUCCAGCUUAGUUAGAUGUUUUUCACAGUUUAUUUCACCUCUGAUUUUAAAGACUUGAUUGAUUCCUUUGAAUUUUUUGUUGGAUUACUCUCAGGACUUGCUCAUGAUAUGAAUCACAAGGGUGUAAAUAAUUUAUAUAAAGUCAAGAGAAAGGCAGAAAACAGUUUAAGAUAUAUGGAGCAAGCUGUUUUAGAAAAUAUGCAUGUCUCCACUUUUUUCCACAUCAUUUCUCGUAACCCAUAGUUUGACAUAGCAUCCAAAUUUUAAGAUGCAGCUAAGCUUAAUAAAUUUAAAAAGCUCUUAGUUUCCAAUAUUCUUGCUACAGAUAUGGGAAGACAUGGUUAAUUUAUAACUGACUUAAAGACAAAAACAAAAGCAUAUUUGAAUGUAAAAUAAAACCCAGAAAAUGCUGAUCCUUUAGAUAAAUACUUAGCUUUCAACAAGGAUUCGGAAUAGGAUAGAGAAUUUUUAACUAAUAUAAUGAUACAUGCUUGCGAUAUAGGUAAUCCCUGUUACUCAUUUGAUAAUUAUAUGAACUGGUGCUACUUAUUAAGUUAGGAAUUCCAUGACUAAACUAUUAAAGAAGAAUAAAAAGGAGUUCCUGUUACAACAUUUUUGCAAUAUACUGGAAAGUAAGCUUUCAGAAAAGGGUAGAUUUUCUUCUCGAGCUCUCUUUUGAUGCCUUUGUGGAAGGAAUUAGGAAAUUUAAUACCCUAACUUCAAGUUCUCCCUGAGUAACUAGCUAAAAAUAUUAAAUAAAUUGAAGACGAUUUGAGCAAGAAUUGA